ACCACCACGACCACCAUGUCCCUCCUCCCGCGCCUGCGCACCGCCGUGCCCUCCGCCGCGCGCGCGUUCGGAACGACGUCGGCCAAGUCCGCGCCCAGGACCCCGGGCAAGUCCAAGGAGGACGAGCUGCGCCCCGGAGCAGAGGCGUACGACCUCGACGACCUCAACCCGUUCCUCUUUGACGACACGACGUCCAUUGGACACCGCCGCCUGCUCGAGAUUGACGCCGCGCGCCAGCUGUUCUCCAAGCUUGAGCUGGAUCGCGAGUCGCUGCUUGCUCAGGCCCGUAAGUUCCGCGAGCCCAAGGGCAAGAUCCGCAUCACGUCCACCGUCGACCUGUCGGACCCCGACUCGCCGUACAACCAGAAGCGCGUGCUCGUCGCGCCCGUCUCGGCGCUGCCGCUCAAGACAGCCGACGCCAUCCAGCGCUUCAAGCUGCUCGCUGGCCCACGGUGGUCGCCUGGACGUCCUGGCCGUGCCGAGCUCGGCAAGAACGCCGCUGGUGCCUUCAACCUCGAGGCCGAGGACAAGCUCAGCAAGGACGGCUGGCUCAAGAUUGCCGAGGAGAGGCUGCCGCUCGGACGCCAGAACCGCAAGAGCGUCUCGGACAUCUUGGACAAGCUUGUUGAGGCCGCCAACGACCCCAAGUCGCCAUUGCCCGCCAACCAGCCCAUCGACACGCGCCACCUCCUCGCGCGUCAGCGCAAGAAGCGCCAGCGUGACGGCCAGCACGUUUGGGCCCGCGCCGAGGCGCUCAAGCGCCGACCAGAGGUUAUCGGUGGCGUCCGCGGGUUCCCUAAGGAGUGGCUCCCAACAAAGAGCGCUUAAAGCGUGUCGGGGGUAGUUGCUUUGGGAUUCGGACGGGGCCCGCGGCAAGGGUCAUGAUGGAUGGAGUCAUGACAAGUGCUAUGACGACGAGUGCGGUGACUCGCCCAUGUAGUCAGCGCAGGAUAGACAGGGAUGCACAUUUGCAUGGUUUGUGAGCA